UUUUGCGAGCUUGCAAAAAUCAGUAGAUGACAUCGAUUCAAACACCAAACUAACUAACAAAUUAAAACCAGUCUGAACCGGGGCUAGGCUUGUGAUUAUCAUUAUUAUGAAAGUCCACUGCGUCAGCAUGGGAGAUGACAGUCAAUUUCCUAUGGUGGUCACUGGUCGGUGAUGCUUGACAUAUCAUAAGCGAAAGAAGGAAGAUAACGAUCUUCUGUUGUCUGAUUGUCCUAGUGUCAUACUUAUUUUGGCCAAAGGUAGAGUCAUAAGCAACUUGGCAAGACGCAACAAAAAAGUAAAGAUGUCAGAUGUUUGGGAACCGAGUCGCAGAAGCAGCGUUUAUGAAGGAAUGGCCCGCCGGCUUACCAACCCGGGAGUGAAGGCUCCAGAGUUCAAAGCAAUUUUAUUAGGAGAGGCGGGGGUCGGGAAAACUUGCCUUUUUCGACGGUUUAUAGGACAGUCGUUUCCAAGUGGAACAAAAACCACAGUGGCUUCGCAAGCGAGUGAUAAGAAAGUGUACGAGACAGAUGACGGAGAUAUACAGGUCACGUACUGGGACACGGCGGGUAUGGAACGAUUGGCGUCACUUACAGAAACGUAUUACCGCAAUACAAAUGUUGCCAUUAUCUUGUUCGACGUCACACGAAGAGACACAUUCGACCGAGUCAUUUUCUGGGUGGAAAAUAUCCAAGAGAGACGCCAUAACAAAGACCCGACAAAAGACAUAAAAAUCAUUCUCGUGAUGAACAAAAUAGAUUUGCGGACUUCUACCGGAAGUGAUACGGAUUUUGUGACGUCAUCCGAGGUCAUGAAGUUCAUUGAGAAUCACCAAAAUGGCUCCAAAAUUCAGGCACUGUAUGAAGUCUCUGCUAAAACGAUGGAGGGAGUGGAUGAAUUGCAGAGCUUUGUGGUCAAAUGUCUGAGCGAAGAACGAAGAACAUACGCCACCAUGGACAGAGAUAUAAAAAGCUUAAAAUUAGACAAUGACUAUCGCAGCCCAAAAUUCAGUCUAAAAGCAUGGGUCAAGAAAAGUUGUGGUUUUUAAUUAAUCUAUGUACAAAAAAACUUUUUUGCCAUGUAACUCUACUGACGACAGCGGUUAAAAAAUUAAGUUCACAUCACAUCCCCAGCAUACAGCAAGACAAUCAAAUUUUAAUAGACUGCCGUCAAUGUUUCAGCGCCAUGGUGUGACCAAGGGGACUUUGCAGGCACGAUAUUCGAAUCAACAAUACAAAGUCCGUUCAAUUUCACUCUGGCCCUUAUCACCCUGAGUUUCAGAGGUCAAUGUGUCACUGGAAAAGACACAGGUAUGCUGAUUGCAGAGAGCCAAGAGUUUCCAGUGACCUCUAAACAUCAGGAUGACCCUUGCACAAAUUCUGUUUAAAGGAAUUUUUGACAAAUUAUUUUCACAAGAUGACAAUUACUUCGUCAACCAUAGCUAAUUAAGUUGCAGUUUCUACAUCCGAAUGCAAAUCUUUUCAAUUGAUCCGCCAUAUUUGAUCCGUGGAUUUGUUAGUCCACUGUUCGGUAUGCGCUCUAUGUAAAUAUGGAUCUUUGAUCCACAGUGUAAAUUGGUUCUACUAGACUAGCAUACGUUUCUCUAGCAAUGAAGACGAAAUAUAUUCCAAAAUCAGCA